AUGUAAUCAUCAGCUGCGUUUUCGCAGAUGGAAACAGGAAGCGUGUGUGUGACGUCAUCGGAGUCUACAGUAAAGUACACGCGCGGGUGAUGUGAAUGAACUGAGGUUAAUGACUGAAGAUCACAAUGGCUCACAUCACACUCAAUCAAUACCUGCAGCAGGUUCUGGAAGCCAUAGACAGCAGAGACGGGUCAUUCUGUGGAGAGCUGUUGUCAUUCAAACAUCCACAUGUGGCCAAUCCUCGACUGCAGCUGUCCAGUCCAGAAGAGAAGUGUCAGCAGUUACUGGAGCCGCCCUAUGAUGAGAUGGUGGCCGCACAUCUCCGAUGCACAUUCGCUGUGUCCAAUCAUGACUUUGUAGAGGCGUACAAAUGCCAGACGGUUGUAGUUCAAUCAUUCCUGAAAGCGUUUCAAGCUCAUAAAGAAGAGAACUGGGCUUUGCCAAUCAUGUUUGCAGUGACCCUUGACCUCAGGGUGUUUGCCAAUAAUGCGGAGCAGCAGCUGCAGGUGAAGGGUAAAGGGAAGGUUGGUGACAUGCUGGAGAAAGCAGCCGAACAACUCAUGAGCUGUUUCAGAGUGUGUGCCAGUGACAAUCGCGCUGGUAUUGAUGACUCAAAGAAAUGGGGAAUGUUGUUUCUGAUCAAUCAACUCUUUAAGAUCUACUUCAAAAUCAAUAAACUGCACCUCUGUAAGCCUCUGAUACGAGCCAUCGACAGCUCGAACCUGAAGGACGAGUACAGUAUGGCCCAGAGAGUCACCUAUAAAUACUACGUGGGCCGAAAGGCGAUGUUUGACAGUGACUUCAAACCAGCGGAGGAGUAUCUGUCGUUCUCCUUCAGUCACUGUCAUCGCUCCUGUCAGAGGAACAAAAGGCUCAUCCUCAUUUAUCUGCUGCCCGUCAAGAUGCUGCUGGGUCACAUGCCCACCAAUCAGCUUCUGAAGAAAUAUGACCUCAUGCAGUUUGCUGAUGUCACCAAAGCUGUGAGUGAGGGAAACCUGCUACUGUUGAAUGAAGCUCUGGUCAAAUACGAGACAUUCUUCAUCCGUUGUGGAAUCUUCCUAAUUCUGGAGAAAUUGAAGGUCAUCACCUACAGGAAUCUCUUUAAGAAAGUGUAUCACCUACUGAAAACCCAUCAGCUUCCUCUGGAUGCGUUCCUGGUGGCCCUGAAGAUGAUGAAGGUGGAGGACGUGGACAUCGAUGAAGUUCAGUGCAUUCUCGCUAACCUCAUUUACAUGGGUCACAUCAAAGGUUACAUCUCUCACCAGCACCAGAAGUUGGUUGUGAGCAAGCAGAAUGCAUUUCCUCCUCUGUCCAGUGUGUCUUAAAUAUCAUUGAACGACAUCUCAGGACGAACUUCAGUCGCUCAAACAAAGGAGCAUGGAAGCUACCAUUUGCAUUAUUGCCCAGUGUUUUCAUUUUAGUUUUCUUUUGUCUUUUUUUUACUGAUCAUGUCAAAUAAAUGUGAAAGUGUUUC